AUGGAAAAUUCGCUUUUCAUCUUACAAUGCGUAUUCCCUGCCUGUUUAUCAGUUACCACAGUCGCGUUCAAUGCAGUAGCGAUUCUUGCUUUAAGAAGAACGUUGGCGUUACCAAAGAACUUUAAACUAUUGCUCCUGAGUAUGGCUGUUUCCGAUGUUGGUGUUAGUUUACUUGUUCAACCUCUGUACGUGGCAAUAACCGUUAUGUUUAAAGAAAAAAGCCCUGAUCAAUCAAUCAAUCAAUCAACAACUUAUUUAACCACGUUAACGUCUACGAACACAAGUGCUCGUUCAAAAUACGAACUUGAUACUUAUCUUGUCAUAUUAAAAGGUGCCUACUUCUUCGCAACAAAUUUUAUUUGUGCUGCUUCGUUAAUUGGAGUCACAGCUCUAGCUGCUGAUAGAUUCUUGGCAAUUCAUCUUCAUCUAAGAUACCACGAAUUUGUGACUUAUAACCGUGUUGUUUUUGUAGUGAUCUUGAUUUGGAUGUCCAGCGCAGUUAUAGGACUUCUUUUUUUAUGGGACCUUUCGGUAGGCUUCGCCUCUGUCCCUGUUACUACGAUUGUUUGUCUUGUCGUUAUUACCCUAUUUUAUCUUAAGAUAUACUUGGCAGUAAAAUACCACACAGAACAAAUUGCCGCCAUGCAAGCAUUCGAUGGAGGAGAGAUUAAUAAAGAAAAGCAGCGGAACGCCGAGAAACAGAAAAAAGCUGCGAUUACGAUUUUCUGUGUAUAUCUUGUGCUUGUGGUCUGCUAUUUACCGAAUUUAAUUCUUACUUGUAUAAGGCUUGCAGACGAAAAAUUUACUACCGCAAAGUCUUUACUGUUUUUCAAUGAUUUGUUAAUUUUUCUGAAUUCAUCCUUAAAUCCUCUGAUCUACUGCUGGAAGAUGAAACACAUUCAACAUGCCGUUAGAAAUAUACUUGUAAAUAUCUUCUCAUGUCUCAGCUGA